UUCGGUGACAGCCGCUUAUCUUGUGUCCGGGUGUUCGUGAGACGCUGGUAAGGGCUAAAACGGGGCGAGCUGACGGGAUUUUUGCUUCUCUUUCUCUCGCUGCUUGGCUGCUAGACAUAUCUAUCGCUUCUAAGGUGCCCAUGUAAUACCCCUUGUCCGGACAAAGACUUUGCCAUCUGCCCCUCUGCUUAUAGACUGAUCUUCACCGGCUGAAUUGUAACGAUCGGGAACUACAGGAUAUAUUUGCUUCCUUACUCAUUUCGAGGGGGACGCCAAGCACAAGCUCAGCCAAUGGCCGGCACAUAAGUGAAAACUGAAUAUGGCAUCAGAAGCUGAGCAGGAGACAAAACUCUGUGGGAAUUGUAAACGUGACAUUCCUCUGUCUAAUUUCACCAUCCAUGAGAUCCACUGCAAGCGUAACCUCAGUGUGUGCGAUGUGUGCAAAGAGCCUGUCCCAACCGCAGACAUGGAGGAGCAUCUGGCCACCGAGCAUAUGCCGGUGACCUGUAAGUGUAAAAUGACGAUGGAAAAGGCAUUUCUGGAGGAACAUAAGCUUUCCGCUUGCCCUCUUCGUUUAGUUAAAUGUCAGUUCUGUGAGCUGGAAGUUGCAUUUAAUGCACUGGCAGACCAUGAGGACUAUUGUGGAGCCAGGACUGAGCGCUGUGAGAAGUGUGGGCGCAGCGUGAUGAUAAAGGACCUGAAUGAUCACCCUGAUGUGUGUGGCAAAGAGAGCGUACCAAAAAAGCCAUUGUUAAACAGUGGAGCAUGGUUUGAUGCUAUAGAAAAAGAUAAUUUGCAUGCGAUAUUACCAAGUAGAUUUUACAGAAAUCCCAUGUUUACACCAUCGCUGCAAAAUCUUCAUAGAGGAGCAGGACAGGACAAAGCUGUAAAGCAAACAAACCUGACAAGAAAUAUCCCAGCAAGGGGACAAGAGCAGGUGUCAAGUCGAAGAGAUGUUCUUUCGUCUUCCAUCAACCAAGGACCCUCUGGAUUUAGCUCUAUUCGUUCUCAAAGAUUACAGAAUGAGAUCGGUUCCAGUGUAGACCCUGAUACUGAUCUUUCAGCCAAUGUCAAUUCAUGGAGAGCAUUUGAUUCUAAAGACAAAGUUGCUAAGUACCGGGACUGGCAGAUGGAAUCCAACCUCUUCUCUGGUGAUAAAUGUGUGGAAGCUGAUUCACCAAGUGCUCAGACAGAUAAUCAAAUUCUCCUUCCAUGUGAAUUUUGUGAAAAGCUUUUUCCCGAAGAGGACCUUAUACUGCAUCAGUCUGGUUGCAACCCUCGUGUCUUUGCUUCUUUCUGUGAUCGAAGACCCUCUCCUACCCACUUUGUGGAUUUUCACCGUGACCAGUAUGUACGGCCUGUAUCCCCGCCACCUUCUGUGCACAUACCCAACAGCAUUCUCAUCCCUUGUGAAUUCUGCGGUGUACAAUUGGAGGAGGAGGAUCUUGUGCUUCACGAGUCUGGCUGCAAUCCUGGUGCUUUUUCAUCUUUCCUUGAUCAAAAUUCCCCCUCUACCCGCCUUCUGGAUCUGGAACAAAAGCUGCUUUCUAAUAGGACAGAACAGACACAUGACCGAAACAUACGCCCUGUAUCCCCGCCACCUCCUGUGCACAAAUCCAGCAACAUUCUAAUCCCCUGUGAGUUCUGUGGCGUACAAAUGGAGGGAGAUGUUCUCUUCCAUCACCAGGACCAAUGUGACAUGUGCCCGAAUUUUGAAGAUGUGCCGGUGCUACAGAAUACAAGGGAAUGUAAUGACCUGCAGGAUCGGUUAAUGGCAUCUCAAUCCGAUGACCUUUUCCACCAAGGACGCACAACUGCAAGUUAUACCAAAACGACUGGUACUGGUAGGCCGACACACCCUGGGCCAAUGACAUUACCAGAGAGGGUUCCCUUUGAACCACCUUUCAUACCCAUGGUGCCAAGAACAAGCUUUGUUACACACCAAUUCAAUGUAGAUGAGAGGAAAAGAAACAUAGAGGAGAAUUCUCUACACAGAAACCGAUAUGAUUCGAUGUACAGCACUCGUUUGCAUGGAGGGUUAAAUCCCAGGAAUGUAUCACAAUUGACAGGAAUCGCAAGCAACAAUUGCACCUCCAGGAACAAAGCAAAGGAGAAGAAGCUGCCUGGAGAUGUUGAUAAGGAAGAAUGACGCAAGCAGCCUGCGUGGCCCCUGUCCUUAUGAAUAUGCAGAACUCUCUCUCUCUGUCUAUAUCUUUAUAUAUAAUAUAAUAUUAAUUUCUUUCUCUGUGCCUAGAAGGGAAAUAUGCAGAAUUGUUUUUUAUACAGAAACUACUCUACUCUUUUGGUGUGUGUGUGUAUAAUUAUGUGUUUUGCAACAAGAUAAAACAUUUAUUGGGACAUUGAAGUUCAAUAAAUGUGUCUAGGGUCUUCUAAUUUCAUAGACAUCUAUGUGUAACUGUAUGUAUUAUGUAUGCUGGCAUUUGUACAGUCACAGUCUGGCCACAUGGGUCACACACUUCUCACACGACUCAAUGUAUAGCAGCCAACUUGCAGGUAAUCUCAUCUGCACUGCCCCCUAGGUCUCAUCUGUUGUUCAGCUGCUUUGUUCUGAGACGUCCUGCAGGUAAUCUCAUCUGCACUGCCCCCUAGGUCUCCAUCUGUUGUUCAGCUGCUUUGUUCUGAGACGUGCAGCUAAUCUCAAUCUUAUGGAGAGCAACAAACGAGUACUGGCGUGAAAAGCACACUAAACAUAAAUGGGCAGGUCCAAUCAUGUUCUUUACAUUAUUUCUUCUGUGUUUUAUUUAUAUUUCUUUUUCAAAUGCUGCUUGUCUUGGUAUCAGAGUUUUUAAAGCUGUAUUACCUUUUUACUGUAAGGGUAAUAAUGGCUUGCACAAACUGCAUUAAACAUGUAGCAUACAUUAGUGAAUUCCUGGAGACUUUAUAUUUUGAUCAGAUGAAAUAUUUCUGUUCCAGGUCUCCUCUGUGGGAACUGCUAUUAACUUGGCUUGCAGAUUCUGCCUUGUAUUCACCAUGGCUCCCAUAGUACUAGUCUCUUAAUGCCCUUCUUCUAAUAUAUAGUCCUUUAACAUGGCUGUGUGCCCUAGAGGGGGGAAAUGGUGAGAUAAAUGCCUACAAUGGUAACAACAAAAUCAGCCCAAACAAAUUUUUCCACAGUGUUAAAUACUAUAGCCUUAAGUCUAGCACAAGUAACAUAAAAAUGACUUCCAUUUAUGCCACAUACACUCCCUAAUUCAAUCCGUAAGAUAUACAAAUGAAAGCAUGGUUAGUACAUAGUGAUACAGAGAACUCUUUAUACAAUCUACACUGCAGCUAGAGAGGUUAAAUUCAGAUAGUUCUGUGCCCACUGGAAUGCUGCUGAAUGGACAUCAUUGGUGUAUAUUAUUAACAAUAAUUAAAAAAUUAAAAUAAAUAAUAUUAAAAAUUGUUUUUAAAUCUAUUAGGAUGAGCAAGCACCCAGCAUUGAUUCUAGCUAAUGGUUGGGCCCAAGAUAUGCUUGUAUGUUGGUGGUAAUGCAGUCCAUCUAUGCAAACAUCUCUGCUAAGGAGAGAGCUAGCGUGUUCAUAUAGCAUGGUAGUUUCAGCAUUUUAUUGAGAGAUUUCUACACUAAAGCAUAAUCUGUUGCUCUGUCACUUCGCGCUUUUGUUAUACUGUUUGCUCCUUUUUAAAUGUGUCAAUAAAAUAGUCAAUGAAA